AGAGUUUGGACUGAACUCUUGAGAGUCUCCACCCCUAGAGCGAUAUCUAGCGCAUCAUGUUGAAGUGGUUCCUUCAACAUUUGUGCUAUCCACGUUGUAGCAAUACGGUGGAGUUGUUCCUCCACAACAUUGUGCUGCUUCACUCAUUUAUUUUAAAUCAGCCCUAUAUUUACCAUCCCAUUGUGAAAGACUCUUGAAUUCCCAACCCGAAAAGCUUAGAAUGUUCUUCUAAUAUAAAAUAUUUUUAGCCCACAAACUGCUACAUCCAUUAUUCAAACUAUCUUUAUGCUAACAACAUGCCAAGAUACUAUAUAUAUGUUGAAGACUCACCCGACAUGUAAAGCAAAAGACACUUAUAGACAUUGCAUAAACAACUUGUGCCGUCGAAAAUCAGAGACUUAAACAAGCGCAAUAGAUUAUAUAUUUGUCUUCUUAUGCAGAUUUGGAAGAACAAGACUUUGAUGCCUAACGGUCAAUCAUACACAUGGAGACUGCUGCGUAGGCACUUCUGACGUGUAAAAGAGGUGGAAGGUUCUCGGCUCACAUCGAAGAUGAAUGCUCCACACAUGCAGGUCAUGGUGAACACGGACGGCGAAGGCGGCAACGGGGGCGUAGACCCGAUGUGCGUCGACGAGAAUGGCGUCAUCGUGCUCACCGCAGACCAACACAACGGAGCCGUGCCGCACGGUGCUGUUGGCCAUGAUGCGGCCAUGGAGGAAAUACAGGGGACGGUAUGCAUGUCCUGCACCAAAUCGAGGAUGAAAGGAGCGGCUGCGGAGGAGGCCGAUGCCGAGGAGGCCGCCACGGUGCAGGGCAGCAAGGAAGGGGCCGAGGAGCUGCUCCUCAAGGUGGUGCUCAGCGAGGAGGAGGCCUACAGGCUGUACUGCGACUACGGGCACCGCACGGGGUUCAGCGUCCGCAAGGGGAAGCAGUCCUACUUCACCGGCACCAAGCGGGUCCGGACCAAGGACUACUUCUGCUCCAAGGAGGGGCUCAAGGAAGCCGAGAAGCUCACUGAUGAGAACUUCAACGACCCGCACACCAGGACCAAUUGCAGGGCCAUGGUUCGCUUCAGAGUGAACGGCCAGGGCGAGUGGAAGGUCAUCCGCCUCGUGUCUGAUCACAACCACAAUCUGGCAAAACCGGAAGAGCGGCACCUUCUGCGCUCUGCCAGGUCGCUUAUAGCCGGGAGGUCAUGUUCUACCGCGGAUGCGGUGCUGUAUGGUGGGUGCCAGCAGGUUGGGGGCAUACCGUCCCAGAUGGCUGUAAGCACUAGCGUAACCAACAACAACGCGGAGACUCCGAGGCCAGAUAUGGUCCCUGGUUUUAGCGGCGUGACAAGAACAGCAGCCAUAGGGACUGGAGACUUGCAGAUCCUCGUAAAUCAUCUGAAGAGCAGGGCAAACAUAGAUGGAAUGUUUUACUGGGAUGUUCAGAUUGACCGAGAUGGUCGGAUGACUAAUUUCUUUUGGCGUGAUGGUAGGAGCAGGACGGACUAUGACUGCUUCGGUGAUGUGGUUGUGUUUGAUUCAACUUAUCGCUUAAGCAAACAGAACUUGAUCUGUGCGCCUUUUGUUGGUGUGAACCACCACUGGCAGACCACUAUGUUUGGCUGCGCACUGUUAGUGGAUGAGUCUAUGUCAUCUUUCACGUGGCUGUUCAAGUCCUUCUUGGAGGCGAUGGGGAACCGGCAUCCUCGAACUAUCUUCACCAAUCAAGACCAACUCAUGUCAAAAGCAAUCGAGGAGGUGUUUCCAAACACAUGCCAUCGCAUUGCUCACUGGCACAUUCAGAAGAACGCUGCUUCUCGCCUUGGUUCACUUAAUGGUUCGAAAGCAUUUAAUAAGGUGUUCACCAAGUGUACGCAAGGAUGCAACUCAGAAGCAGAGUUCGAGGAAACAUGGGCUGCGAUGCUCCGCGAGUUUAAGUUGCAGGAUAACAAGUGGCUGAACAAGCUUUAUAAGCUCAAGCAGAAGUGGUGCGGUGCUCUUAACAUGUGCAAUUUUGAUGGUGGGAUCGAAAACGAGCCACAGUUUGACAUUUUGAGCAACAUAUUCACUUCCAUUGCCGAUAAAUUUACUUCACUUUCCACGGUUAUUGUUCUUGUGGAUAAGCUGACUGAUGAUUGGCGUGAAAGAGAGUUUGAUGAGGAUAUGCGGUGUUCCCAAAGGCCACCUGCUUGUAUCAUAAAGCACAGUGAUAUUUUGAAUCAUGCAGCAAAAGUGUAUACACACAGAAUCUACAAGUUAUUCGAGACAUAUUUUCUUGAUGGGUGUGGUGCCACAAAAUUCAAGGAGCUUCAGUGUGAAGACAGUGACACAUAUCGGUUUGAGAUGACCAUGCAAGGUAGGGGGUCACGAGUCUGCACAGUUCAUUUGAAUAAGUCUACAAUGCAACUCACUUGCAGCUGCAGUCAGUUUGAAACAAUGGGUUUACUUUGUCCACAUACUCUGAAAGCUCUUAGUAUCAAGAAUGUAUGCAAAAUUCCAGAAAUGUAUAUACUGAAGCGGUGGACCAGAGAUGCUAAGCAGUGGGUUUUUAAUCCAAAGCAAUAUGAAUCAUCAUAUCAGGAAUGUAUGGAUGACGAGGCUGCAUACUGCAACCAUGCUAUGAGGUAUGCUUAUGACCUUGUGAUGAAGAGCCAAGGGCAGGUGGAAUUGAGAAGGUCUCUUUGGGAGACUCUCGAGAGUGGAGAAAAAGAAUUGGAGAAAUACCUAGAAAAUGUUACCCAGUAUGCAGAAUCUUAUGCCACUUGAAAGAAGCAUCAGUUAAGCUUUUUAGUGUUCUGCUAGGAAGCAAGACAUACUUAAAUGGUAACUGGCUUGCUACAACAUGUGCACAUACUUUCUUUUAUGCUGACUCAAACUGUAAUCUAAGAAUGAAAAUGAAAAUUUGCGAAACAAGAUAAAAGUUUGACUAGUCAUCAUUCUUUACUCUUGAUAGUUAUCACUGUAAUUCCAUGUGCUUUACUCUUCAUACUGCUAUUUUUGAUUCCACACUGUUUGUCAAUUAGCAUGAAUGUGUGAUGUUUCCUAAAUUUUAUUUCACUAGUGGGGUCAAAUAGCCAGUGUGAACCCUGCAUGAUAUCUUGAGACAAGUGUUGAUUACAUAUGACUAUAUGAGUGUAUAUAGGUUGGUUGAGUAUGAGUUGGGGUUGAUUGACAUUUCCAAACAUCCCAUUUAAAUGUUUCAGAACCAUGCAAGAAAAGAUAAAUAAGCGGGUUAAUUAGAUAGAUGCCACUACAAUGUCUGCCUGUUUGAGAAACGCUACUACAGCUUUCAUCUGUCGAAAAACGCCACUACAAUUCUCUGUCCAAUUCAUAAAUGCCAUUACACUCAGUUAGACACACAUACAGUCCAAUAUACACUCGUAUUUCCUGUCAUACAUACUGUAUAAGUGGUGGGCUCCAACCGUGGCGCAUGAACCAAGCUGUGCGGUGGCAAAAAAAGGGCCACAGUGGCAAUCCGGUCGGUGAGGUGAGGCGUGGAUUUCAGGUGGGUACGGCCCUCGGGAAAGGAGGUGAGGCAGCGGCUCGCAGGUGCUGAAGGAGAGCCAUCCAGGGAGGUGUGGUGGUGCUGGCUGAUUUGGCCACAACAUCUGGUAACAGGAGUUGUGCACUUGUGCCCCGCCACCUUCUCCUCCCACCGAAUCCCCUCUCUCUCCAGUUCCUGUGCCUAAUAAAUGACAGCUCCAUCACCGACCAUUUCCAUUUGUGCAAUUAGAUUAGUAUCUUGGCCAUCCCAAUCAGAUUCCAUUUGUGCAAUUAGAUUACUAUGGCUUCUUUUGGAACGAUGGUGCUCCAGAUCCAAAUAAUGGAUGCAUGAUUUGAUUAUGUUAUUCCAUUUUGUUAGUUAUUCUUUUCAGUCGAUUUUGCUUCAUGGAUCAUUCGCCACGGUUUGUUCUAUUAAUUUCAGUAUUUCUUGAAUCUGGGGGGAUGGUGAAUUCUUUUUGUUCUUAUCAAGACAUUAACUGAUAGGUACUUGAAAAUUCCUUUUCAAGUUUGAGGAUGUAUAUAACAUAGAGGCAAAGCUUGAUUCGGUUGGACCAUGUAUAUGUGUAUAUUGCUGUGAAGUGUAUAAGUGGAUUGUAGUCGCCCUUUCCAUCAGUUCGGACUUUUGGUUGCGUUAGUUAGUGCAUGAAACUUGACAUAUAUGACAGGAAAUACGGAGUAUAAUUGCCAGUACAUGUGUUUAAAUGAGCAUAAUGGCAUCUAUAAAUUGUACUUGCUCCGUCUCAAAAAAAGCUGCUCAACGUUUUUUAGAUACCGAUGUAUCUGUAACUAAAACAUUUCUAUAUAUGUCUGUAUCUAGACAAAGUUAUGCAGCUUUUUUAGGGAUGGAGGGAGUAUAAAGAAUUGCAGUGGUAUUUUUCAAAAGAUGAUAGUUACAGUGACGUUUCUCAAAUAGAAGGAAAUUGAAGUGUUGGUUGUUCAGUAGCUGUUUUUUUUUUAACAUAAGCUGUUCAGUAGCUAAUUUGUAAGUGAGAUAUAUGGCACCCAAUACGUCAACAUCUGCCUCUGAUUUAAGGUAUGAACUCACCAGAAUAGGAGUCUACAGUAUUUUUUCAUAUCCAUGGUGCUCUGUUUAUAUCCAGCAAUCCCUUCUGCCUAAUAGAAAGACAUCCGAGUUUUUGUCUUGGAGCAUGAAGCACAUUUCAAAAGUUAUUCUUUCCUUGUAUACAUUAUUUCUGACACGGUCUUUGCUAUAUGCUACGGCAAUAUUUGCUACGUGUAGUUCAAGCCAGUAGAAUACAAGUAACUCUUGUAUCAGCCAGGUUAUUCAAUCUGUCAUACCCACCUGUUUUACUUAGUGUGAAGCAGCCAUCUGUUGCCAAAAGUUACAUAUAGCUAAGACUUUCUCAAACCUGGGAGAAGCUGGAGCAUGGUAUGAGCAACUUUGACUCAUUGCACAGUUCAUGAUCUGUUAAAAACAACCUCACCCUUCUGCUGAAGGUAACUCCUACUAUAUUCUUCCUUAUUUUGAGGUACAUAACAAAUGGAGAAACUAGUGUUUGGAAUGCAAGCAUGUUUUUCUCCUUGCGAUGUCAGGAAUCUUUGUAUCUAGGAGGAGCUGAAACGAACAGACAUCAUUCCUGACCAUGCUGGGGCUGCCAAGGGCAUCGACUCAAUGGCCUGAAGUGAAGUUGGAAUGGGAUCCCUUUGAGCCACCAGCGACUUCUGGAAUCUAGGAGGAGCUGGAGCAACUCUCUGAAAUCAGAUUGAAGCAACGUGCCUCUGAAGGUACCGACCACUAUCCUGUGGUGUCAAGGACACACAAACCUCAGGAGCCACCAGCAGUUUCUGAAAUCGUCUCUUGCCUGCAGACACAUGUAGUUUGUAGUUGGCAGUUGCUGAUGAAAUAAACAACUUCUCUGCAGAUAUGUUUCAGCAGGGGAGAAGAGGUGUGAUAUCUAUUUAUCAUAUUGCUGCCAGUGCGCGCUUGUGUGUUCUCCUUUAUUGUAUUUUGUCUUGUAAGUUGUGACUGGAGAGUGAGGACACAUGCUAACUAUGCAAGUAGAAUUUGAUGAAAUUAAAUAUCUAUCAUAUGAGGAUGUUACCAUUUCUUUUUAA